GAGGCUUCCGCCCUAGCUCGCGGCAAUCAAAACAUGGCGGACUGCAUCAAUUAGCCAAAAAGCGUUUCAUGUCAAUGUGAUCUAAAGAGGGUAUACAUUAUUUUGAUACAGACAACGACAUUUAUAGUUGACCAUUUACCCGAUUGGAAAGUAAUAGAGGGGAAAAGCCACACUGCCCACAGUUUUCACGUGGAUAAAGGGUGAAGGAGACGCACCAUCACCAUGGGGCGACGUUCGACCUCCUCCACCAAGAGUGGGAAGUUCAUGAACCCCACCGACCAGGCCAGGAAGGAGGCCAGGAAACGGGAGCUGAAGAAGAACAAGAAGCAGAGGAUGAUGGUGAGAACAGCUGUGCUGAAGAUGAAGGACCCCCGACAGAUCAUCAAAGACAUGGAGAAGCUGGAUGAAAUGGAGUUCAACCCUGUGCAGCAGCCGCUGCUGAAUGAGAAGGUGCUGAGGGACAAGAGGAAGAAGCUACGGGAGACGUUUGAGCGCAUCGUACGUUUGUACGAAAGAGAGAACCCAGACACUUACAAGGAGCUACGCAAACUGGAGCUGGACUAUGAGAGCAAUCGCGGCAAGCUGUCACUCUACUUCGACUCAGUCAAGAAUGCUGAACUGGUGGAGGUGGAUAGCAUCCCACUCCCAGAGAUGCCCCACGCCCCCUCCAGCAUCCUGAUCCAGGACAUCCCCCUGCCCGGGGCCCAGCCUCCCUCCAUCCUGAAGAAGGGCUCGUCGUUUAGUAAGGGGAUCAGUGCCCCCAUGUCUGCAGCGGUAGCAGGCGUCCCUCGGUUACCCCCUGGCAGGAAACCCCCAGGUCCCCCACCUGGCCCCCCACCGCCUCAGGUCCUGGCGCUGUACGCAUCACGCAGGGCCCAGUUCGCAGCAGACGCAGAUCCAUCCAACCAGGCCUCUGACAUGGAGAAAGCCAUGGACGCUAUGCUGAUGGGAGGAGAGAGGGACAGUGGGAGCGAGAGCGAUGGAGAAGGGGACGAUGGAGAGGAAGACGACAGCGACUCUGAAGAGGACAGUGAAGGAGAGAGGGAUGAAGGAGGAGAGGUUGACAAGAGGAUGAUGGUGGACCGACAGGAUGAGGGCAGAGAGGAGGACAGAGGGGACAGACAUGCAGGACGCAGUGUGCGGUUUGCAGACAUGCCCCCCUCAGCACCCAGGGAGAAGAGCAAGAAGAAGAGGAUUGUGAAGAAGAAAAAGGCCAUCACUCCUCUGCAGGCUAUGAUGCUUAGGAUGGCAGGGCAGUCCAUCCCUGAAGAUGAAGAGGAGGAAGAGGAAGUUGAGGAGGAGUAUACUGACUCUGACAACUCAGACAUCGAGGAUAGGGGACACCAGGCGACCAACCAAUCUCAUCUUAUACCCAAUCAGCGCAUGCCUCCACCCUCUGGACCAAUGGGAGGACAGCAACCUACUCUACACAUGCAGGGUCCACCAGGAACAGGGCCUCCACCGUUGGGACCACCCCCAGCUCCUCCAAUGAGGCCUCCUGGUCCGCCCUCUGGCCUGCCUCGUCCUCCACCUGGUGCUCCUCCGUUUUUGAGGCCGCCUGGUAUGCUAGGUGGUCCAAGGGGGCCGAUGCCCCGGCUACUGCCCCCUGGACCCCCACCAGGUCGUCCCCCUGGCCCUCCCCCAGGCCCCCCUCCAGGUCUCCCUCCUGGUCCUCCACCCAGGGGACCCCCACCCAGACUGCCUCCCCCAGCACCCCCAGGCAUCCCCCCUCCCCCAAGAGCUGGUCACCCACGCCAACUUGCCCCUCCCCUCUCUCUUUUCCCCCCGCCGCUUAACUCCAACGUCCUCAGCGCUCCCCCCAGCAUCGUCCACCGCCAGAAACCCGGCUCCAACCCAGAUGGCUCCCAGAGCAACCCCAAUGCCUCCAUGCUGCCCCCUCCCUCCAUGCCUAUCCACCACCAUGCACCAACCAUCGAGAAGCGGGCCAACAUCACCUCUGUCUCGGCCGGAGGCAGCAAUCUGGCAGCAGGCCCGGGGAGUGGCGGAGCCACCAUCUCAGCCAAACCCCAGAUAAUCAACCCCAAGACAGAGGUCACCCGCUUUGUGCCCACGGCGCUGAGGGUGCGCAGGGAUAAAGGGGCCGGGAGCGGAGGAGGGCCUAUGGAAAAGGGAAGAAGAAGAGAGGAAAGGUUGGGAGGCCAGAAGCAGCAGUCGAUGGCUGCCCCCAUGGGGUCGGCCAACCCUACUCAGAUGGGCCCAGUCUCUCAGCCCAACAUGAAGACCAAGGACCAGAUGUAUGAGGCCUUCAUGAGGGAGAUGGAGGGACUCCUCUAAGACUGGGGCUGCAGGGUGAAAAGGGAGGGAGCGUUGAGAUGGAAUGAACAGUAGGGGUCAUGAAGAAAGUGAUACCAUCAAGCAGAUGCUGUUCAGAAACACGUUGUUUUUCUCAAUGUUAUUUUUUUUCUGGCAGACUAGAAUUACCUCCCUACCGACUUACUGUACAUGGCUAUGAUAAUUUGGCUCAAUCUUUGUGAAAAAGCUAGUGUUUUUUUAUGACUGUCAAAUGUUUAUUUUAUUGUUGAACUGAGAAAUGUGUUGGAUUUCAAAGAAAGUUUUGUCAGGUGUUUGUAGGAAAAUCCAAAUGAGUGUGCAUAUGCUUGUCUGAAAUGGUUAGACCUGCAACUAAAUAAAUACUAAACUCAAUUAACCUUU